CUAGGGCCGUCGGCGUCGUCCGUCGCACGCCGGGCGCUUCGCCACAAACCUCGGGGCUAAGUCUCUGCCUCUCCCCUCCCACACUGCACUGACGUGCACUGACGCCACUCCAAGCUGCUGCGCCGGAUCCAUUCCCACACUGGCACUGUGGUCAGUGGAGGGCGUCUACCCGGAGCCGGGAAGCAACCGUUUGUAUAAAACCGUGGCCGCGGAAGCUGAGUAUCACACUUGGGUCCAGCAGCUCCAUCAGGCAGUUCAUCUCACAGUCCACCAGCACCUCCGCCACCAUGAACUCCCCCGUUGCCUUCCUCGUCGUGGUGUUGGCCGCCCUGACGCAGGCCCGACCCCAGGGUCCAUACCCGGCCGCCACGCCCUCAGUGACCUACUCUGCACCCCCCGUCGUGUCCUACUCUGCGCCCCCCGUGUCCUACUCGGCGCCGCCAGUGACCUACUCAGCGCCGCCGUCCGUGGGCUACUCCGCCCCGGUGUCCUUCUCCGCUGCGCCAUCAGUGUCCUACUCGGCGCCUUCCGUGUCCUACUCGGCGCCAGUUGCCGUGGCCCCCGCUCCAGUGUCCUACUCUGCACCCUCCGUGUCCUACUCAGCCCCAGUGUCCUACUCUGCUCCCUCCGUGUCCUACUCCGCGCCCGUGUCCUACUCGGCACCCCCCGUGACCUACUCAGCCCCAGUGUCCGUGGCCCCCGCACCCUCGGUGUCCUACUCUGCGCCCUCCGUGUCCUACUCUGCACCGGUAGUGUCGGCCGCUCCCUCCGUGACCUACUCAGCCCCGUCUGUGAGCUACUCUGCCCCGGCGUCCUACUCCCCCGCCCCCGCAGUGUCGUUCGCCUCCGCAGGCUCUCAUGUGGUGGUGCCCGCCACUGAGUAUGGAACCCCCAGCUUCUGAGCUCUACACGUACCCCUCCUCCUGUGCCAUACCAACACUGA